CACAGUUCUUCGAAAAUGUUACUGAUAUUCUGUUUGGUUAUUUUUGUUCCUCUUAUUGAAGGAUCUUGCUCCACAGCUAAAGUGAAAGUUCGACAAUUAGCAUCUGGACGUAAUAUUACUGUUUGUACGCUUUCAAAUGGACUAGAAAUCUUGAAUGGAUCUAUUGUUAACCUAGCCAGUUGUGAAAAAUGUUCGUGUGGAGAGAAGGAGCUUUCGUGUUGCGGAGUUGGUGCGUUAGCCGGUAUCGCCCCGACACCACCUGAUCAUUGCAAAACUAUUCGUGAUGGCUGCAAAGACGUCAUGGUUCUAAAAGCAGAUGAAACGCGGGAUUGUAAUACGGGGAAAAGCAUUCUACUUCCCAGUCAUCCCCUGUAUAGUUUACAGAACAUGUAUGAUAUGGCACAACAACAAUAUAUGGGAACGAAUAAUAGGAUUCAAGGACCACAAAUGGCAAAUGUCGCACCCCAACAAUUCUUCAGACCACAGCAAUUCAGCAGGAGCAAUACAGGUGCCGGAAACAUGAUCCUGGCUAAUAACUCCAAAGUGGCAGCUGGUAUAGCACCACAAAUGUCGCCUGUCGUCAAACAUUAUUUUGAUAGAAAUGUUGUCCAUCCAGACAGUUAUGACCCGUACUUUAAUUCACUUGGAAAUGACCCGUAUUAUAAUUCACUUGGAAAUGACCCGUACUAUAAUUCACUUGGAAAUAUGCUAUACCCCAACACAAUGUUUAACUAAUUGUAAUCUUAAUAGAAGUAGGAUGUAGCUUUUAUCCGACAUUUGUCAAAAGAACCUUCAAGAACAUGUUUCAAAUUAAAAUUUUGAUGUAAAAUAGCUCAUUAAGUACAUGUUAUAGUCUCAGUUUUUCAUAGUUUGACUAACCAAUCAACGGUAUUUUGGUUUGUAGUUUAUAUAAAUAAGGCGUUUCCGUGUGUUCUGUUGUUGAUGGUUUUUGUUUUUUGUUUUUGUUUUUUACAAUAGGGAGCAAUAGUUUAUCAUGUAGCCAAAUGUGAAAUCGUUUUAAUAA